CUUUGAAAGACCAGUGUUGAGGACACCUCGGCGGACCACUUGGUCCUUUGAAAGAUGGCUGAAUGGAAGGUGUCUCGCCCAACACUCCUGAUUCCGUACGGUGUGAGGAGUUUCCUUGAAAGUGUAUGUCGUGCUUAUCGUAUUGAAGACCCACGAGACAUUAGACAAUUUUUGGCCGAUUAUUGCAAGGAUCUCCUAGAGAACAGAGAUCGUUCUCCCUCCAAAGACCUUAAACAAGCCAUACGUAUUUACCAAAAAAUGCGAGAGCGUGACCAAGUUACAAUUAAAAGUUGGUCACCUCAAGAUUCUCCCAAUGAGCCCAUAACCCCUUCACCAUUUGGAGAGCAAGCAGAGAUAUGUGAAGAUGAUGAUGAGGAGGAGGAUGAGGAGGAUGAUGAGGAUGAGAGGUCUUGCCCUGCUGUAUCAGUGAGCAUUGUCAGCUGCCGCCUUACCCACGACGCUUGGAAAAACUGUGAGACUAUGUAUGAUGAUCAGGCGCCUCUUGAGUCACCCGGUCCGGUUAGCUCUGGCGAUAUUCCCGCCGCCAGAGUUCUGUCUGCUGUGUUCAGGAAGGUUCCAUCGAGAAGUGACUCCUUCACUGAGACCCAGGGAGCAGUUUUGAUCGACUCUGCGAGUGCGCCACCAGACGAUGUCAUUGUAGUUCACUCAGAAAAUCUGCCGAAUGCAAUAGUGUUUCACGUGGAUAGCCACCCCUCCUCUGCUUCGUCUGUGAGGUCUUGUGCCUCCAAGACUCAGUCUCUAACCGAUGCAAAAGUUACUGAAGAAUGUGGUGUAGAGGUGGCCCAGGAUCCAGUAGUGGUGUUUGAGAGAGUUCUAUUCACAGAUGAGUAUCAGUCUUCGUCGCUUGUGGAACGUGAUGAGCCUCAGAGUUUAGAGGUCACAGAUCAACCUUUGACCUCAGUGGAGGGAGAUCAGUCCUCAGGGACCCCCCUGGGGAUGGAAUCAGACGUGCAGACCCUGACAGCUCCAGUUGUAGUCAAACAGGCCUCUCCAAAGCGUAGUCUGGUCAGGGUGUACUCUGCUCACCUGGUGAACCCAGAAGACAGGAAAGGAUCAAGUCAGCCAGACAAAAAACCAUCACCUGCGCCUUCUUCAAAGACAUCCCUGACAAGUGUGAUCGCAGACUACGUCCCUGCUGUGGCAGAUAUAAAAUAA